GAUUCAGUUCGGCACCACGUGCCGUUAAAAGAUACGGGAAUCGGUACGAUCCGCUCACAGGAGCAGUAAAAAAUUUUAGUCCAACAUUGACAUAGACAGAGAAUUGGCAAAAAGAUACAGAAUCACACCAUUAUACCCACCGUAUUGGUCGGUCUGUUAGUGACGGUAAUUUGACCAGCCGAUUUCGAACCGGGGAACGAAUAUCGGAAAAUCAUUUUUCGAUAUCCCGGGACUUUUUUACGAGUUAUACUUGUUCCUCUUCAAUUUUCCUGCGUCGAAAUCGUCAGGGCGAUUUCACGAUAAUCGGGGGAAGUAGUUGCAAGAAAAGCUCAUACCGCAGCUUUAUCGGUGUGAUCGGUAACCGAGACAGUGCAGAAAUACGGGGAUACGAAACCGAUAAAAAAAAAAAAAAAUAUAAAUAAACUGAAGGUAGACAGAGAGAGAAAGUUUCGUAGUUCUUGAAGACCCUGAAAAGUUUGCUGUAGGAUCAGACGUCGUGAUGCAUUUGAAGUUAUUUUCCUGCUGGAGGAGAAACGCCGGUCCUCCCGGUACCGGGGGUGCAGUUCGAGAAGACGAUCGUCAAGUACCGUCAUCGGUCGAAGACGGUGUUACUCGUGACACCGUUGUGAAAAAGCAAUUUCAAGAAUUCGAUCUCCAAGAAUCCCCGAAUCUCGAAAGAACGAGACAAUGGCUGCAGUUCGCUGCCGCUGUCAGUGCCUGCUUGGGCGUAAUGGCGUGCGGUGGUCACCUUGGAUGGACGUCACCCGCCCUUCCACAUUUGACGGGACCAGAUUCCGAAUUCCCGGUGACCAAAGCGGAAGGCGCCUGGGUAGCGUCGCUCUACACCCUAGGAGGAAUUUUGGCCUCGUUCAUAAGCGGUUUUUGCGUCGAUCGACUGGGAAGGAAAUUUUCAUUGCUCGCGUUCGCACUACCGCAACUCGCGGGCUGGGGUCUUGUCAUUGCCGCAAAAAGCGUGGUGACCCUUUACAUCGCCAGAUUCGUAGCCGGCAUAGGUCACGGCGGUAUUUACAACGUGGCUGUCAUAUACCUAGGAGAAAUAGCGGACAAGAAUAUACGCGGAGCGCUCGGUACGUUUCUAAAAAUGUCUACGAACCUUGGAACGCUUUUUGUUACCGCUGUCGGUGCUUACUUGCCGUAUUGGCAGUUGAAUUUGGUGUCGAUGGUGGUUCCACUGACGUUCGUAGCGACCUUUGUCUUUAUGCCGGAAACGCCUUAUUUCUUCCUAAUCAAAGGAAGAGACGAGGAGGCCGAACAGUCUCUGAUGAAACUGAGGAGAGUCAAUAAACCCGAAAGCGUCAGGGAAGACAUAACUGCCAUGAAAGACGCGGUUAUCGAAGGUCAAAGAUCGUCGAGAAACGCGAUAUUCGAACUAGUCGGAACCAAGGGGAACAGAAGAGCCCUCGUCAUACUCCUGGGACUGAAAGCGACGCAACAAUUCUCCGGACACAUGGCGAUCGUCGCUUAUACCCAGGAAAUAUUCAGCCACAGCGGAUCGUCCCUCGCACCGAGUCAAGCGGUCAUCGUACUCGGUGGCGCCCAAUUGGUAGCCGGUUUCGUCGCCGCCGGUUUGGUGGAUCGCGCCGGAAGACGACCCCUGAUGCUGGUUUCGGGGAUAGCGGCCGCCCUCGCACUGGCGAUCGAGGGAUUGUUCUUUUAUCUCAAGUACGAAGCGGAGGUGGACGUUUCUUCGUUCACUUGGCUUCCGAUCGUCGCUCUGAUUGCCUACGAAGUGAUGGUCGCUCUCGGCAUAGGUACACUGCCCUACGUACUCCUGGGAGAAUUAUUCCCGACGAAUGUCAAGGGUCCAGCUGUGGCCUGCGGUAUAAUAGUGGGCUCGAUAUUCGCGUUCGCGGUCGGACUUGGAUAUCAGGCGAUAAAUUCAGUGGCUGGUAUUCACACUACUUUUUGGAUAUUCGCAAUUUGUUGCGCAUCAGGUACGAUAUUCGUUUUUUGGCUCACCCCAGAGACCAAGGGAAAAACCUUGGAGGAAAUACAAGCGGAAUUGAACCCUCCGGCAAAGGUUGUACCGGGUGCCUGAAUAACAAAUUUCCAAAUAACCACACGGAGAUGAUCUCGAAGGUUCUGGUAAACCCAUCCCUUCAAUCAUACAGGGGUGUAUCAGAACGAAAAUAAAGCUGCUGAACUGGUUAAAAGAUUUUACAUUUUAAAUAGUUCAGAGUUUACUACUAAUAGUCGGAGGAACCGAAGGAGCCGAGGGAAUUCGUUGAAUCAAAGAAAAUGAAAAACGUGAGGCCGAGGAGAC